AUGGACGAGCACCCCGGAGCCGGAGGAGGCGGUGGGAUGGCGGCCGCCCCGAGACCGCAGCAGCCGCCGCCGCAGGCGGGAGGGAACAUGAACCUGCAGUCGGGUGGGGGCUGCGUGGGGGCCGGAGGAGGAGGGCAACAGCAACAGCCCCAGGGCCCUGCGGCCCCGGCUGGUCAGGAGGCGGCGGGCCCCGCCGAGCUGUCCCGGCCCCAGCACUACACCAUCCCGGGGAUCCUGCACUACAUCCAGCAUGAGUGGGCUCGCUUCGAGAUGGAGAGGGCGCACUGGGAGGUGGAGCGGGCUGAGCUUCAGGCUCGGAUAGCAUUUUUACAAGGAGAGAGAAAGGGUCAAGAAAAUUUGAAGAAAGAUUUAGUGAGAAGAAUAAAAAUGUUAGAAUAUGCAUUAAAACAAGAAAGGGCAAAAUAUCAUAAAUUAAAAUAUGGCACAGAAUUGAACCAAGGUGACUUGAAGAUGCCAACUUUUGAAUCAGACGAAACCAAAGAUACGGAGGUUCCUGCAGUACCUCAAAAUAGCCAAUUGACCUGGAAGCAAGGCAGACAGUUACUAAGACAGUAUCUUCAGGAAGUAGGUUACACAGACACCAUAUUGGAUGUACGCUCCCAGCGGGUAAGGUCUUUGCUUGGGCUCUCCAAUUCAGAACCAAAUGGUUCAGUAGAGACAAAAAACUUAGAACAGAUCCUCAAUGGGGGUGAAUCUCCUUCAUCAAAACAAAAGGGACAGGAAAUCAAAAGGAAUUCUGGGGAUGUUCUUGAAACAUUUAACUUCUUAGAAAAUGCAGAUGAUAGUGAUGAAGAAGAAGAGAGUGACAUGAUAGAAGAUAUUGCAGAAGGAAAAGAAAAGCACCGGAUAAAUAAGAAACACAAAAUUGGUAAUGAAGGUUUAGCUGCUGACCUUACAGAUGACCCUGAUACUGAAGAAGCUUUGAAAGAAUUUGAUUUUUUAGUGACAGCUGAAGAUGGUGAGGGAGCUGGAGAAGCUCGAAGUUCAGGAGAUGGAACAGAAUGGGACAAAGAUGACCUGUCCCCAACUGCUGAGGUUUGGGAUGUAGACCAGGGACUAAUAAGUAAACUGAAGGAACAGUACAAGAAGGAACGAAAGGGGAAGAAAGGGGUAAAGAGAGUCAACAGGACAAAACUUCACGACAUGAUAGCUGAUCUGGGCGAUGAUGAGAUACCCCACAUCCCUUCAGGAAUCAUUAAUCAAUCUAGGUCACCCUCUUCUAGAAUGACUGAUCAUGAAGGUGCAAGAGCAGAGGAAGCUGAGCCAAUAACAUUUCCACCUGGAGGAGGCAAGUCAUUUAUUAUGGGUUCUGAUGAUGUGUUGUUAAGUGUACUGGGCCUUGGAGACCUUGCAGACUUGACAGUAACAAAUGAUGCAGACUAUAGUUAUGAUCUGCCAGCUAAUAAAGAUGCCUUCCGAAAGACAUGGAACCCUAAGUAUACGCUACGCAGUCAUUUUGAUGGAGUGCGGGCAUUAGCUUUUCAUCCUGUAGAGCCUGUGCUGGUUACAGCCUCUGAGGACCAUACUCUCAAACUUUGGAAUUUGCAGAAAACGGUUCCUGCCAAAAAGAGUGCCUCUUUAGAUGUAGAACCCAUCUACACAUUUAGGGCCCACAUUGGACCUGUAUUGUCAUUGGCAAUUAGUUCCAAUGGAGAACAGUGUUUCAGUGGUGGUAUUGAUGCAACCAUCCAGUGGUGGAACAUGCCUAGCCCUAAUGUGGAUCCAUACGAUACCUAUGAGCCAAACGUUCUAGCUGGCACAUUAAUUGCUCACACAGAUGCAGUCUGGGGUCUUGCUUACAGUGGUGUAAAGAAUCACUUACUAUCUUGUUCAGCAGAUGGCACUAUUAGAUUAUGGAACCCACCAGAAAAAAUGCCCUGUAUUUGCACUUACAAUGGAGAGAAAGAGCAUGGAAUACCUACAUCAGUUGACUUUAUAGGGUGUGACCCUGCUCAUAUGGUGGCAUCUUUUAACACUGGCAGCACAGUCAUCUAUGAUUUAGAAACAUCCCAGUCAGUGGUAAUGCUUUCAUCACAAAUAGAAUCUGGUGUACAAUCAAAUAAUCAUAUUAACAAGGUAGUAAGUCAUCCCACACUUCCUGUAACUAUUACAGCACAUGAAGAUAGACACAUCAAAUUUUUUGACAACAAAACGGGUAAAAUGAUCCAUUCUAUGGUUGCUCACUUGGAUGCUGUCACAAGUCUAGCUGUAGAUCCUAAUGGAAUCUAUUUAAUGUCUGGAAGCCAUGAUUGUUCCAUUAGGUUAUGGAAUUUGGACAGCAAGACAUGUGUGCAAGAAAUAACAGCUCAUAGGAAAAAGCUGGAUGAAUCAAUUUAUGAUGUAGCAUUUCAUCCGUCAAAAGCAUAUAUUGCCAGUGCAGGAGCUGAUGCCCUUGCCAAAGUAUUUGUGUGACAUAGCAGAACAAACCUGCAUCAUAACAGCAGGUCUGUUUGGACAAAAAAGAGGGAAUGCGUCACUGCCAUCAAUGAUAAGGUUACCAAUAAGACACUACAUCUGAUCUGCCUGGGUGAAGGCUCUUAUGUGGGGCAGGUGUAAGUUGGUGAAAAGUCACCACAUCUUGAACAAUGUCAGGCUCAUUCAUUAACUGUAAUUACUGUAUUUGGGGGGGGUGGGAAGAAAUACAAAAAAGAAAACCAGUAUUUGUAGCCUUGACUGGAUAUGAACUGAGCGUAUGUCUGUUCUUUAGGUGUCUUUAAGCAAACGUGGAGUCUGAUCUUACAAAAGACUUUUAUUUUGGACUCUGUGUGCUGCCUUAGGGUUAGGAAUGUGGUGCUCUUGUGGGGGGAAGUGAGCUCCAAGAGUAGCUUUCUUUUCAUCUCUUAGUAAUCUUCUGUUUAUCAGUUGAAUGCCACAGAUUCCCCUUUUAAACUUUUAUUUUGC